CCCACGCAGGUAGAGAGAGAAAAGCCAAGCCAAUACUGGUGCACGCAUACACAUAUACAUACAUCUACAUCUUCCCUAUCAAAAUGCUAAAAAUCAAAUAUUUUACCCAACUGCUACAGGCCGCAUUGAGCAUCUCAUCUCAGAUAUAGAGAAACAGUCAUCGUCUUCUUCUACACAUACCUCGGCAGCUUCAAAAUUUAAGGUUUAAUUUUCGUGAAUAUUAUCGUUGUUGCCAUUGCAAGAUCGAGGUAGCUAGCUCCGUUCCAGACAGUACAGUCUUCUUAUUUGAAGUUUCAUAUAUAUGCAAGAUCUUCUAGCUCACGAUCGUAGAGUUUUCAAGAAGGAGAUCAGAUCACAUGGUUGUUGAAUCCUUGUCUCCGCCAGGGGCUCCACGUCAGCAGAAGGAAGGGGCCCGCGAGGUCUUUUCGAGAAAUAAUGCAAUCCACCGCCCCCGGCGGCGCGCGGCGGAUGGGGGAGACAACGACGACGACACCGGAGAUCGGCGGAUAAAGUGCACGGGGAAAUCCUGCAAGGCAUGCACGGCGGGGGUGAUCGCCGACUGCGUGGCGGUGUGUUGCUGCCCCUGCGCCGUCGUGGACUGCCUAGUGCUCGCAUUGUUUAAGGUUCCGUGGAAAGUGGGGCGGAGAUGUCUUAGGAUGCGGAAGAAGAAGAAGAGGGGCGGCGGCCGGAGACAGCUGGACAAUGGCAGUGACGCCGGAAUUUCAAGAACGGGCAUGGUUGAAGAGGGAGCUUUGGAAAUUGCAUUGUCGGAAUUUGGAAACGGAGAAGAUGAGCUAAAAGACAGUUUUAGUGCGAGGUUUGAUGCAGAAGAAGAAGUAUGGUUAGAGUUGUACCAAGUUGGUCAUUUGGGUUUUGGUAGGGUUCCUCACCAAGGUGAUGGCAAUUAAGUGAAUUUAAUUUUUUUUUUUUAGGAUGGAUUAUUAUUCCAAAAAAUCUCACUUUUUUCCAUUCAAAAAAUGCUCAGAUCAAGCAGUCAAGCAAAAGUUGUACCCUUUCUUCUUGUUCUUUUUUGGAUGGAAAUUAGUAGGAGUAUAUGGUUCUUCACUUCUUGGGAAAAGCCAUAAUGAUUCAAAACUGCACUCAAUUCAUAUUGUUAUACCAGUGAAAACAUCCAUCUAUAAGAUAUGC